UAACGAAAUAGGUAUUAAUGAAAUAAUCGUUUUGGAAAAUUCAAUUUCUCAAAUGUAUCUUAUUGGUGCAUCUAUAAAAUUGUGCAUAAGUAUUAUUUUAAAAUCAAAGUUGAAAAUUAUUUAUAUAUUACUAGCUAAUACCUGGAAUAUGAUGGCUGAUGCAGAAGAGCUAAAAAUAAUAUGUGGAUAUCUGGAAAUUGGUCGUAGGAAGGUCAUUAUUUACACAGUUUUUAUGUUUUCAACUAGUAUAUUAUAUUUAAUAAUUCCUAUAAGUGCACCAUUAUUGGACUAUAUUUCGCUACAUGAAAAUAUUAGUCGGACAAAAAUAUUUCCGAUACACAUCGAAUAUGGAAUCAGUAAGGAAAAAUAUUAUUACCCUUUACUGUUACAUUUCAUUUUUGGAGGAUUUCCAACAAUAAUGGUGAUUGUGAUAUUUGAUCUUGGAUUUAUCCUGAUUGUAGAAAAUUUUGCUGCCUUAUUUGCACUUGUUAGUUAUCGUUUAAGUAAAAGUUUGAAAACAGCGGAAGACAUUGAGAAUCAUGUUAUAACAUUUUCGAAAGGAGAUAAAAUUGCAUAUUUUCAUUUAGUUAAUGCAAUAAAUUUACAUCAACAAGCGAUUGGCUACGUAAACCUGAUGGAAGAUUGUUAUAACAUUCCCUGGGUUAUUGUUAUUUUUAUAAAUUUACUUUUAGCUGGAUCGGGAUUUGCUAUAUUUAUAUUUAAAGAAGAUCAACCCGAUGAAUUGAUUAGGUAUGGCCCAAUUAUAAUUGCAGGCUUAAUUCACUUUUAUUGCUUAUUUCAUUCGGGACAACGGAUUAUUGAUUAUAGCUCACAAGUAUUUGAUAACUGUUACAGCUGCAAGUGGUAUAAUUUAUCGACAAAAUCGAUUUAUUUGGUGAAAAUGAUGAUGAUGAGAAGUUUUCGAUAUUCUACAUUAACCGCUGGAAACUUACUUUGUUUACGCUUAAAUACUUUCACCAAAGUAAAAUUAAAAAUUUAAUAUUUCGAUUUACA